CACCAUCUGCAAGUAUAUAAAGCAGUGAAAUAUUGGCCUUGGUCCCAAAAAAAUUUGAAGAUUUUUUAUUAAGAAUAUGCCUUCAAAUUAAGUUUUUUUAAUUAAAAGUUUUAAAAUAAUGUAUAUAAACCUUGGAAUCUUAGAUCUGGUCCUGGGUAACUGAACAAAAAGGGAAGCUAGGACUUUGGUAGAUACAUGCUUAGACCAUCCGCAACGCGGGCUGUUAAGUGAAUCCUUAACAUAAAUUCUUAAGGUAAAGGAAUUAAAAUAAUAUUAAAAAAGAUCGGCAAGCUAAGAAUGAGUCCUUAAUUAAGAGAAUUAAGGACCAAAUCCUUGAUGUGCUGGCACCUCAUCAUUGGCUCGGGAAAAGGGUUGUGUUUCGUAUGAGUGAGAAAAAUCAUUCAUUUUCGCGAGCAACUGAAAAAAAAAAGACGAGACGCGAUAAGAAAGGGGAUAGAAGAGGCGAUAAGAGAGCGUCUUUCUUGAAGGUUGUAAAAUGGAGGAAGAACUGCGAGAUAUGAAGGCACGCAAAGCACACUACGACAUGCUCCAUUUCGUUGCAGACGCGCAACAAGGGAUUCCCAAACUGUGCCCCUGUGGAUCAAUCACGAAGGAAUCCGUGGAUGAAGAGGAUACAUAUGACUACCUCCCAGGGAAAAGAUACUUCAUCUGCAAAGACUUCGAGAAUGACGGGAUGCAUUUUAGGCAGCCAUGGGUUAUGGGUGUGCAACAAGAGGUAGAGAGGCUCAAAAUAAGGGUUCACGAGCAUGAGAAGCUUCUCAGGGAAUGCGACGAACUGAAGGCCCAGGUGAGGAUGCUGCUUAGGCGUGUGUCUGACCUUGAGAGAGUCGUCUGAGGUAAAGCUGAAGACCAUGUACCAGAUGAAGACAAAGGAUGCUGUCUCUUCCUUGUUCAUUCACGGGUUCUUUGUUUAUGUGUUGCUUUGUAUCUGACCCAAGUCACGGGUUAUUUGUUUCUGUCUUGCUUUCCUAUUUCCAUGUGCACCAAGUCACGGGUGUCUGUUUCGUUGUUUCUUUGUAUUUCCUAGUUGCCUUUAUAAGUCAGUUUGUAGUGUCUCUUCUUGUACUCACUCUUUGUUAUAAACUUUGUUAAGAAAACCAGUUCUUCUGCUUGUUCUC